AAAUUAUAUAAGAGAAAAGCUUCUGGACGUCCCAAGUUCCAGUGAGAUACCAAUCGUCACCUGACAACGUUCGUGUGAAAAUUUCCAAGGUUCAAAAGUUAGUGUACCCACCAACCGGAACGAUGCGUUGCAUUUUUACAGCUGUUCUCGUAGCUACCUUUAUAGCUGCCAGCUCUGCGCUGGGCUAUGGAUUACUUGGUGGACUUGCAAAUUCUGGUUACGGAGGGUAUGGUGGAUAUGGUGGAUAUGGAGGAUAUGGCGGAUACGGUGGAUAUGGAGGUCACGGUGGAUACAAUCCUUGGAAUGCUUAUCAAGGCUACGGAGGUUAUGGGGGUUACGGAGGAUAUGGUGGUUACGGAGGAUACGGAGGUUAUAGUCCGUAUGGAAGCUACGGAUAUGGUUAUCCUGGCAAGUACGGUGGUUACGGCGGUUAUGGCGGAUAUGGUGGUUACAAACCAUACUAUUGAAUGGUAUCCAUUCGACUUGUAGAAAUAUUUCACAAAUAUUAACAAUUACCUGUUAUUAAA